UCCAAAAGAAUCUUCGUUCCAGCGAGAAUCUUAAUUCCACAAAAAAUAUUUCAAGUAUCUGAAAAAAAGGCAGACAGAUUCAGUAUUCGUUCUAGCUUAGUUUCACUUGGAGGCUUAAUUAGGGUUUAUCAUCCUCUUCAUAGAUAGCCUCACAUUCCUUUCACACCCAUAGAUCGCCUGCUCAGCUCACUAAUUGCAUUAGUUUUAUCCUCUCUCUCUCUCUCUCACUGUGUGUGUGUGUGUGUGUGUGUGUGUGUGUGUGUGAAUGAUGGUGAAGGAAGAGAGCUCCGAUACGCCAUCGGAGCAGUUCUUGAAAAUUGGUCUCGACGAAAGAACCGCGCGGAACACCAUCGCCAACAACAAAGUCACCAAUAAUCUCACCGCCGUCAUUCACGAGGCGGGUGUCACCGACGGAUGCAGUAGAACAAUUGGAAACCUCCUUUACACGGUAGCUACAAAGUACCCAGCAAAUGCCCUCAUACAUCGACCUACUUUGCUGGGAUAUAUUGUCUCCUCAAAGGUUAAAACCCCAGCCCAGCUAGAAGCUGCAUUUUCUUUUUUAUCUAAGACUGCUUCAGAGAAUUUUGAGUUGAAUGAAUUUGAAGAAGCAUGUGGUGUUGGUGUUGAGGUCUCUGUAGAAGAUAUUGAACGUACUGUAAAUGAAAUUUUUGAACAGAAUAAGGAAUCUAUUUUGGAGCUACGUUAUCGAACAAAUGUGGGUGAUCUAUUUGGGCAUGUUCGUAAGAGGCUUCCAUGGGCUGAUCCAAAGAUUGUUAAGCAAUUGAUAGAUGCAAAAUUAUUUGAAUUACUUGGUGAAAGGACUGCAGCUGACAAUGAGAAGCCCUCAAAGCAGAAAAAGGAAAAGCCUGCUAAAGUUGAGGAUAAAAAAGUUGCUGAUGAUAAUCCAGUGCAGCCAUCUGAGGAAGAUCUUAAUCCAUUCCUUAUAUUUCCUAAUCCUGAGGAAAAUUUCAAGGUGCACACUGAAAUAUUCUUCAGUGAUAAAUCUGUUUUGAGAUGCUGCAACACGAAGGAAAUGCUUGAUAAACAUCUGAAAGCAACGGGGGGAAAAGUUUUUACUCGCUUUCCCCCUGAGCCAAAUGGAUAUCUUCACAUAGGUCAUGCGAAGGCAAUGUUUGUUAGCUUUGGUUUGGCAAAAGAGCGAGAUGGAUGCUGCUAUCUAAGGUAUGAUGAUACAAACCCUGAGGCGGAAAGGAAGGAGUAUAUUGAUCAUAUUCAAGAGAUAGUCCAGUGGAUGGGUUGGAAACCCUUCAAGAUCACUUACUCUAGUGAUUAUUUCCAAGAUCUCUAUGACUUGGCUGUUGAGCUGAUACAAAGAGGUCAUGCAUAUGUUGAUCACCAGACACCUGAGGAGAUCAAGGAGUAUAGAGAAAAGAAGAUGAACAGUCCAUGGAGGGAUAGACCUAUUGCAGAGUCUUUGAAACUUUUUGAUGAAAUGAGACGAGGCAUGAUUGAAGAAGGCAAGGCAACACUUAGAAUGAAGCAAGACAUGCAGAGUGAUAAUUUUAAUAUGUAUGACCUCAUUGCUUAUAGAAUCAAGUUUACUCCUCAUCCACAUUCAGGAGACAAAUGGUGUAUCUAUCCAAGUUAUGAUUAUGCUCACUGCAUUGUGGAUUCUCUUGAGAAUAUCACUCAUUCGCUGUGUACGUUGGAAUUUGAGACACGGCGUGCGUCAUAUUACUGGUUGUUACAUGCACUGGGCAUUUAUCAGCCUUAUGUGUGGGAGUAUUCACGGCUGAAUAUUACAAAUACUGUGAUGUCAAAGCGUAAAUUAAAUUUCUUGGUGACAAAAAAUUAUGUUGAUGGUUGGGAUGAUCCCCGUCUUAUGACACUUGCUGGUUUAAGGCGAAGGGGCGUAACUUCAACUGCAAUCAAUGCUUUUGUCCGAGGAAUUGGAAUCACUAGAAGUGAUGGUAGUUUGAUACGUUUGGAACGCCUUGAGUAUCACAUAAGAGAAGAAUUGAAUAAAACAGCCUCUCGUACAAUGGUUGUAUUGCACCCCCUAAAGGUGGUCAUUACCAACCUAGAAUCUGGCUGCAUUAUGGAUCUUGAGGCAAAGAAAUGGCCUGAUGCUCAAAAUGAUGAUGCUUCUGCUUUUUACAAGGUUCCAUUUUCCAAUGUUGUAUAUAUUGAGCAUUCUGAUUUCCGGAUGAAAGAUUCAAAGGAUUACUAUGGGCUUGCACCAGGCAAAUCUGUCCUACUCAGGUAUGCUUUCCCUAUAAAGUGCACGGAAGUAGUCUUAGCUGAUGAUAAUGAGACUAUUAUCGAGGUCCGGGCUGAAUAUGAUCCUUCCAAGAAAACAAAACCUAAGGGGGUUCUGCACUGGGUAGCUGAAUCUUCCCUAGGGGUUGGUCCUCUAAAGGUGGAAGUCAGAUUGUUUGACAAACUGUUUAAUUCAGAGAAUCCUGCUGAACUUGAGGAUUGGCUUGCUGAUCUGAACCCACUGUCCAAGGUGGUGAUGUCCGGUGCAUAUGCUGUACCAUCACUUAAAAAUGCCGCUGUUGGGGAAAGGUUCCAGUUUGAACGCCUUGGCUAUUUUGUGGUCGACAAGGAUUCAACACCCGAUAAGCUCGUCUUCAAUCGCACUGUGACUCUGCGAGACGGCUAUAGUAAGGGCGGGAAGUAGGUUGUCCGAUGAAAGCAGAAGAGAAACGGGAUGAGCAUUUUAGAGGCGGAGACUGUUGUUCAUAUUUUCGUUGGGAUGAAACAAUGUACACGAUUUAAAAUGUGAAGGCCUAAUGAAAAUUUGCAUGGAAAGUUUUGUGAUCCUUAGAUGGUUUAUCUGGGUGGGAUUUUUGAGGUAAUUCUUGUAACCAGGGCAACUCGAGACGUCUUCUUCUUAAGUUUAUUCUUUUAUUUGUGCUGUGAUAAUUAUUUUCUUGUCCCGGUAGGACUAUCCUAGCAACAUCUUAUAAUUCUAUAUUCAAGUUUCAGAUUUAGCUCC